AUGCCACAUAAUGCCACCUUCAGCACUGGACAAGGACAUAGGGAUCCUGUCCUGUAUAGGCAAUUUUUGGAUAACAUGCAGGUUUAUGAUUUUGAAUUUUGUCCAUACGAUGGCCACCGCCAUGUGAGACCGUUGAUUGAUGUUUGCUGGUUUUCUGGCUGGUUGAGGAGCGGGCCAUUGAAGGCAAAACAUUUACCUGAACGUGUGCUGCGACAAUUUAGUCAUGUUCAAGGCAUUCCAAGAGACCCUGCUGUGGCUGCUCCAGCUGGGAUGAGUUUGUUGCAGAUUGAUCGAGUGUUUAUGGAAGAGGUUGAGAUGAGAAUGAUUGACGAAGAAAUGAGAGGACCGACUGUUGCGAGAGCAUGGAAUCAUGUAUUUGGCUAUAUAUCACGGUUCUAUAAAGUCUCCCAUCCGAUUAUGCGUCUGAUCGCUGCCCCGGAACCACCACCUAGACCAGCAAACUUAGAGGCGCUAAUAGAGGAACAUGAAUCGCAGUCAAUUCCUGAUACUUUGGAUAUAUGCCGCAAUGUCAGAACCGAGCUACGACGCUCACUUGAAGCAAAUGAGGCACUGCCAGGAACUCCGAUUUAUGAAACUGUGAACCGGGUGCUUGGGUUUGUCGAACCAGCAUUUUUGUACCGAUCAAGGCGCAGACUCCCGGGUAGAGGAAGAUUUGACCCACAUGAUGCUGCAAGACGCUUUAACACUCAGUGA